AUGGCCGCGCCCGUGGCCCGACAACAAACCUCCACAUCGGGCGACUUGCCCCCGCGAUUCUCGCUCGGCGCUGCCCAGAGCCGAGUUGUAGAGGCGCUCGAGGUGGACCCGGUCUUCUUCCUCAACGAACCUGGCUUUGAAGCAGCGCGACACCAAAAGCUCAAGCACUGCUGUAAACGCGUACGAGUAUGGCGCAAAAACGCUCCCAACCCUCUCGUGGCGUUCCGCUCGCAGAUGGAUCUAGGAACCGGUCAGCCAGCCCAGAAGAAGGAGCGGCGAAUUCACGUUGCGGUGCUGUUAAACGGCAUUUUGGACGCGUACGAGCAGUGCAUCACGCGAUACGACGACAUAUUGGCCAUCGAGUCGCUGCCAGAGUACUUUGCCAACACCAUCAUGCAAAAAGCGAAUGGCCGGAAGAAUGGCGUCGAUCAAGUCCAGGCCACGAUUGCAGCGAUGCUCCACGCGACGGCCCAUCCCCGCGUCCGCGCGUUUUCGAAUCUCUGCGGCCUCAAGACAGACGCCGAUGCCACCACUGACGCGUACAACUCGACCUUCAACCCUCCCGAGAAAACCGUCAUGUUUCUUCGGUGUGUCGAAAAGAUCUUCCGGGUGAAGCUCCGGGACAAGGCCGUGGGGGAGAUCGACCCCACGGCAUCCUCCAUUGCUUCCAUCGUAUUUCACAACAUCGGACUUCCCCAAGCCGCCGCCAAGAUCGUCGUACAUGAACUGUUCAACGAGCCCGACCCGUACUGGGCGUUCCAGUACCUUGAACCAGUCUGUGGCGAGCUCCACGUACAGCGGCAGUGGCCGGCGACCGCCCAAGCGGAGCUCGUGGACCUGGUCUCCAAGCAAACGUCGUCUUCCCGCGGGAUGCGCAAAAUCGACGGCGACUUGUUCCUGGAGCUCCUCUUACAAACGUGGAACCGACGAGCCAUGCAGCUGUACUCAGCGCUUGACGCUGCAUGCGACGCCGAGGAUGCCGACAGUGCCAGGCAAGUUCGGCAAGCGCUGGACAAGUGCGCGCUCGACAAAAAGGUCGUACCGUUGCAGCCGUUUGAAGUCGCCGGGUUUCAACGGAUCGUUGAAGAAUUCUGGCUGGCAGACGUCCCAUGGCACGACCCAGCAAUUCUCAACGAGUACCUCUUCGGGUGCACGCGGCCGAUCAAGGAAAUCCGCGCGCUCUUCCAUGCGUUUCGAGACGAGUGCUCGCCGGCGUUGGCGUCGACGUGGGCAUGGGAGACAUGGCCGUGGGAGUCCGAGUGGGACUGGGGCAGUCUCGAGCUCCUGCCCACGCCGCCCAUUCAAUCCCCUUCCUCGCUGACGAGACACGGAUCCACAUUGACUCCUCCAUCGUCGCAGACGUCGUCCCAGUCGGACUCCGGCCAUCUCAACUUGGGGCACUUUGGCCUGGGGGACCGCGUGAUGCAAAAGGUGGGCCAAUUCCUCAACCAAUCGACGUCGUCGCGGCGCCGUCUCAAGACGCUCGUCCUCCACGACAACUCGAUCGCAGACAAAGGAUGCGCCACGAUCAUUCACGCUGUGACCCAUGCACAACACGCCCUCGUCACGUUGGACUUGAGCAACAACCGCAUCCACGCCGACGGGAUUGCCGCGUUGUCGGAUGCCGUGCAGUCGCCCAAGUGCCAGCUCCAAACGUUGCUGCUGUCGAAAAAUCGCGUCGGCGACGUUGUCGGCCGAUCGCUCCUCACAGCCCUCGCCAACAACCUGACGUUGCAAACGGUGGACCUGUCGGAAAAUGGGCUGCAAGCGUGUGGGCAUGCUGUGGCUCUCGUGUUGAGAUCGCACCCGAAGCUUCGUCAGCUAGACUUGUCGUGGAACUUGCUUCGAGGGAGUCAUGCCGUCGCGGUCGCCAUGAGUUUGGGCGACAACAACUGCCUCGAGUCGUUGAACGUAUCGAGCAAUGCAUUUGGCGAGGCGGGGAUGCUCUCGCUAGCCCAAGCGCUCACACGCAACACCGCGCUGCGCAUGCUCAACGUCGGCCACAACAGCAUCCAUUCCGUCAAGGACGUGUCCAAGCUGAGCAAACUCCUCCGAGCCAAUUCUACGCUGCACACGCUUGUCCUGAGCGGGAACCCCUUUGGCGAGACCAUUGCCACUGCGCUGAGCAAACUCAACCGCCCGUCGCCGCAGCUCCAUCUUGAGCUGGAAGGAUGCACCUUGACCACAAGUUCCACCUACGCAUUGCCCAAGGCCCGCGAAGACGGCGACCAAGGCGCCGCCACGACACAAGUGGACAGCGUUUCCACGUGCGUGGCAUCGGGGAGCGGCGCGUCAAGGGCCCUCUAA